UGGACCACUACCCUCAAGAUCUCCUCACCUACCAGCUUAAGCUCAGCCCAAUACCAGAGUGGUAACCCAGCCUCGUCAGCACUCACUGUCCCGUACUUUAUCGGCAUAAGCAACCUAGCUUAUCUGACUCUCAACUUGGAUGGAACACCACGUCCGCACGUAGUCCAGUUCACUAUGAUGUCUUCCUCUUCCUCGGCAUCAUGGUACGCCAUCUACGACAACGUCACUAUUGGACCCGCCCCAACCUACACUCUUCUAAGUGUAGGCAACAUCUACGGCAACGCUGGUGACGGGUUCAGCCUCAGCCUUGGGUACAACUUCGAGCUCGACAGUGGGACCAACAGCCAGUGGUGGUGGCCGGCAGACGCCACGAGUCGGAAAGCGUUUUGCAAUGGAAACGCGGCGUGUGUGACCCAAUUCAACUGGGGGCCGCUGUCCAACCACAGCAUCACUGUCAAUUCCAUAUCCAUGCGGGUGAGACCACAAGAAUAUGAUUCAGGCAUCAACUGUCCGGUCAUUAACGUGAUGAGUCUGCCCUACCAGCCUAACAGUUACUAUAUGUUGGCCAACGUGUCACAAUCUCGCGCCCCGGGAGCCAACAUCUCCUACCAGUGUCUGAGAGAGUACAGGAUGGAGGGCCCCACAGGAGGACCCUACACUACACAGGGCGUCAGCACCUGUCAAGGCGUGCCUGGCAGCGGCGACCUUGUCUGGAGCAGAAAUCUCACUCUGCCCUGUCAAUUGCGCUGCCCGGACACCUUCCAGCAGUGGAGCGACGCCAACACCUGCUACAACGUGUCUAUGGAUAGGGCCGUGAUGGGCAUCUCGGGAGCAGCUCUACGGUGUUCUCAGGUGAACGCCUCUCUGGCCGUUGUCUUGAACGCCACCGACCUGCAGAACCUGAAUUCAACGGACUUCUAUCUCACAGCUCACAUCGUCAAUAACACGAACUCCAUCCAACCAGCUCUGCCCCAGAGUACCACCUGUGUCGGCGUAUGUCCUCCUGUGUCAGGAGGGCCGAGGUGCGUGGUGGUGAACCAGGCGGGCCAGUACAAGGCCGGCGACUGUACCAGCACAGACUUCCGCUACAUCUGUCAGCUACCACCCGUGUGCCCUGCGGGUUACACCCCCUACAGAGGUAACUGUUACAAGCUUCGCGUCAACGUGGCGGGCGGGAUUGUGGCGGCUCAGUCAACAUGUGAAGGAGACGAGGCGUCACUGGCCUAUCCCCAGACGGUAGACACCGUCCAAUUCAUGGCCAGGCUAAACAUCAGCUCUACAGGAAUCACUGGAGGAAUCUAUUCAGGAAGCGCAAUGAUUGGUAUUAAUGACGUGGGGGGCAACUGGUCGGCCGGAGGGCUCUACCCCUUGGAUGCUGGGGUGAUAAACAUGACUACUUCCUCCACGGUCACCUCCACGUCCCACUGGAGGGCUGUGACGGUGUCAAGUGGCACCAUCACCAGCCUCACAGUCAUCUCCACUCUCAACACCACCACCACCCUUACCAACACAUACAUCACCAAGGCCAUCUGUCAACUCUACGGUCCCGUUGGCUGCUGGACGCCGCCUCCCCCGCCAACUGUCAACAUGACCCAAGCCUGGAGUAACAGCACUCAACUGGGAACUACAGUUAAUUAUACGUGUACACUGGGAUAUUACGUCAACGGCAACAUUUCGAGGACGUACCAGGUGUUGACGUGUUACGGCCUUGUUGGUGGCUGGUACCCUCCGCUUCUGUAUGAGUGUUACCACGUACCAGUGUGCAACAGUAUCCCGCCCGUAAGCCCUAAGUACAUCACCAACACGACCGACAUAGAGUAUCGGUACCUGGGAGGGACGAUCAACUACACCUGUCCGUAUAUGAUGGCCGUAAAUGGCACUGGAGCCACUACACAGACCAUCACCUGUAUCGCCAAUAUCACCAGCUUCAACUUCAGUCCUCUUAGGGUUCAGCCCUGUACUGUGUGUCUCGGGCAGCCUAACAUCACGAACGCCACAACAGACUGGUUGGGCAGCAACACCUACUUGAUCAACAACACGGUGAAUGCCACCUGUGAUGCCGACCACCUCUUCAAGAUAGGUGCCACCUCCUCACCAAUACCGUGCCUCCCGACGGGCUGGGGCAAUGGCACUUGUUACGAAGGGUGCGUGAUGGAUCCGCCUGUCCCCGGGGCCAACAUGACCAGGUCCAACACCACCACCUACGCCGUGGGCACCACCAUCGCCUACACCUGCGCCCCGGGCUACAACAUACCUCCCACCGCUGUGAACCAGACGUACCAGACGUCGGUAAAUGUGACGUGCAACGCCUCGUCACACUCGUGGGCUGCUGGAGGGCUGCUGGAGUGUGCCAAGUUGUGCACGGUGGACCCGCUUAAAGUGCUCGCCCCCGCCAACUCCUCCUGGGACGGAUUUUCCAGAGUGGCCGGAACCCAGGUGACGUACACAUGCCCGUCUGGGUACGCCUUCGCGGACCUCAACACCACCAUCGUCCUGACCUGUGGAGACACCGGGCAGUGGACCCCAGCCACCCCAUCACUCCUCACCUGCAGGAAAGUGUGCCCAACAUCGCUGCCAGCCACACCCGUGAACGCGACGCAGGUGGGGGCGGUGUUCCCCUACUGGGUGGGGGACAGUGUGACCUUCAGGUGCCCCAAGGACAUGCAGUCCGCCCGCGCCAACACCUCCGUCAGCCUCAACUGCUCCGACACCGGCUGGAGUGCCCUCGACCCGCAGUUUGGCUGCUAUAAUGUGUGCGGGAGUGCUCCCCCCUUCGUCCUCUACGGCAACUCCUCCUGGGACGGUGUCAACAUUAUCUUUGGUUCUCAGGUUACUCUCAGCUGCCCCGGCACUCUCUCCCUGGGCGACCUCAACCACUCACUCACAGUUACCUGUCAAGAUGACGGCAACUGGACCUAUGUUGACCCGGACAUCCUCAUCUGUAGACAAGAGUGCACCGCUACCCUGCCGACGCUGCCCACCAACGCCUCGCUGGAGGGCCCGCCCGCGCCCUACUGGGUGGGCACCCACGUCAACUUCACCUGCGACCUGGGCACCGCCUCACCCACAGGGGGCACCUACGAUCAGCUCGAGUGCUUGGACGGUGGCUGGACCCCACUUGUGCCUGGGUUCAUGUGUAUACCUGCGUGCGUGGCCGCCCCACCCGCCGCGGGCGACGCCGUCACCAGCAACAACACCGGGGUGCAGGUGUACGGCACCGUCAUCACCUACACCUGCGCCUACACUUUCUACAACGACACCUACAUCCUCAACACCCUGUGUGACGAGGGCAACUGGACGCUCGCUACGCUACCUAAAUGUGCUCUAGGUGAGUCUUGGGUGUACCGUAGGUGAGGGUGUACUGU